AUGCUUGGCUCCGCGGUCCAGGCUAUUCUGUGUGCCAUCCUUUGCUUCACGCUUCUACCAAGCUACGCAGCGGCAGACUCGGGCCAGUUGCCCAAAUGUUUGGCUGAUAUUCGGAGCGGCAAAUUCGGUGACGAUGGUAUUACUGACAACAAUGGCAAUCCGACAACAAACUUUUCUAAUGCAACUGCUAUCACAUACGAAAAAUGUCUUGAAGCUUGCGGGGCGGGUGGCCACAUCGUUGCCGAGUGGUCAUCUUUCUCGCAACAACUUUCUGCGUGGUUGCUGCCAUGGCUUGCUUUACUCUCACAAUUUCCUUUCGGUUGCCGACGGAGAUGGGACAACCUGAUGUCCAUUUGUCUGACGUUUGGCAGUCCAUGCCUCGCAGCAUAUUCUCUGAUAUUGACCGUGCUAAACAUUCGAUGGGUUGUCCGACGAUUCAGCCAUAUCAGCUACCCCAACAAAGAUUGGGCAGCCGCAGUCCUCUUAAGCCUGCAACACAUGCCGCUCCAUGUACGGCGUACUGUGACCGUCGACAAGGGCGAUUAUCCCUUGUUAGCUUCUCUCAUCGUUUUGCCGGAGAACAAUCGGUGGUGGGAGAGACUCGAGAAAAACCUCAACUAUGCAGACCUCAAUACCUGGUCAAUCGCCAGUGUGAGCUCCAUUGCCUGGGGCAUCAUCACCUAUGCUCUGACCAUGGUCGAUGCGUUCACGAGCAUAUCAAGUGACGUCAAUAACAAUGGACUGGGGACAUCUGGUGUCGGGAGUCUCUGGCUAUGGAUGAUUCCGGUUAUCGCAGGUUAUCUCCAAUUGUCUCCUCGGUGCGAUUUGAAGCGUGUAGAAGAAGUCCUGAACGAUGCCAACCAGCUUUGCGUAGUGGCAGGGCCGAAUGGUGUCACCCAUGCUAGUAUUGCUAUCGGAGCAUCCGCGAUAACUGUUCAAGAAUGUACCGAACACAGAACCCUUCAUGCAGAUCACCUGGCGACUGCUCCCGUCUACAACUACGUGCGCAUCUUCUCCUUCGUGAAGGUGGUAGAAGCGAUUGCAUGCGCCUUUGAAGCUGCUUCCGAGCAAGUCCAGAAGCAAAGAACUGUCUCAGGAAUCGAUUGGGUGCCAUUGACAGGCGGCGUCCACGAAGGGAAUCGACGUGGAACAAGCGAGCAGGUGGAGCAGUAUUGUUCUCCGCGAUCAGCCUUGAAGCGACGGUCGCAUUGGGAAUCUGGGUCCGGGGUAAUAAGCCGAUUCUUUAUCGCAGCAGUAGCUGGACUCACACUCCAAUGGAGUACAAUCGGCGGCUCGAUCAUAAUCGGUUUUUACACACCCACCGUCGGUCUUGGUUGCCGCUCAGCAGCAUACCUUCUUUACGCCGUCGUAGCAACUCUUGUUUGGGUUCUUCUCGUCACAAGCGGUUUUCUCGCCCACUUCGCCGUCCCACAUGCAUUUAGACGGCAACGCACCAGCCACAAAGCUGCAGAACGCAUUUCCAUCUUCCUUCGCCGAGCUGCCAAGGUCCUCGCGACCCUCAACACGCUAUGGAUUGUCUUGGUGCUCCUCCUCCAGUUCAGCGGCUUCCUCAACCGGUGCUAUUGCAAUUCGGACGUAAUUGGGUUAGGCAAGCGCGCGUACAACGUUAUGCGUCUGCUUCCCUCUGACAUUCCAGGGAUGAAGGCCGCUUGGAUGGCCGGAAUCCUGUUGGCAGUCAUUAGUACAGUUGCCUGGUGGAUCUUUCUCGUUUUGAUCUUCACCCCACCCCCGCGUCCACAUCGCACAAUGACGGAACAACAAUCGAUUGAUGCCGGCAGAUUCCGGAUCAAAACAGAGAUUUGCACUUAG